CAUACAAUAUACAAUGAGGAAGCCAGAGACAUCAAUGGGGAGUGAGAAAACUAUGAACAAGAUGAAUAGCAGCAGCAAACUGAGAAAAGGGUUAUGGUCGCCGGAAGAAGAUGAGAAGCUGAUGAAGUAUAUGCUGAGGAACGGGCAAGGCUGUUGGAGUGACAUUGCUAGGAAUGCUGGCUUGCAGAGGUGUGGAAAGAGUUGUCGUCUUCGUUGGAUCAAUUACCUCAGGCCUGAUCUCAAGCGCGGCGCGUUCUCCCCCCAAGAAGAAGACCUCAUUCUUCACUUGCAUGCCAUUCUUGGCAACAGGUGGUCACAAAUUGCAGCACGUCUUCCAGGAAGAACAGACAAUGAGAUCAAGAACUUUUGGAAUUCCACAAUAAAAAAGAGGCUGAAGAACACAACUUCUUCUUCCACAUCCUCACGAAACAACAGUAGUAGUGAUGUUUCAGAGCCAAAGGAUCAAAUCAUCAAUAAUGGAGAUCGAGGAACCAUUUUCAUGCCAGAAAAUGACGUCAUGGCCAUGUUGAUGCACUCAUCGUCAUCCAUUCAUGGAAUCGACAAAGCCACCUCCUUCAUUGACCCUUUCCCUCAUCUUUUAAAUAACAGCUCUUAUGAUGUGACCAAUUCAAACCCUAAUUUGUUCGAUGCAGCCGCAUCAACAUGGUUUCCACAGGUAGGUUUUGGAGAUGGGCUUUGUGGGGAUUAUGGGAUUGUGGGAGACACUUCAUUUGCUUCUCUAGAGAGUGGGGGAUUUGUUGGGAUGAAUAUUAAUUAUAAUGUGGGUACCGAUUGUAGUUUUGAUGGUGAGAAAAUUAGCAAUAAUAAUAUUGACAGUAGUACUGCUAGUGAAGGGGUUAAAGUGGAGGACAAUAUGCUUGGAGAUGGGAAUCACUGGCAAGGAGGAAACUUCAAACUGCAGGGACUGGGAGAAUGGGAUUUGGAGGGUUUGUUGGAUAAUGUCUCGUCAUCCUUCCCUUACCUUGAUUUUCAAGUUGCAUAAUCUCUCUCUCUCUCUCUCUCUCUCUCUCUCUCUAGACGAGUUUUGAAGAAAACUCUAUUAUAUCUUCUUUCCAGCUGCAACCCUUGAUGAUGCUAUUUGCUGCUUCCAUGCAUAUAUUCUUCUUAAUUUGUCUCUUUCAACCAUUAAAUGAAGAGACUAGUGUUGGAUAUAUAUAUGGGACGUCGAUGCGUGGGUAGCUGAGGAGAGGGACUAGCCAUACAUAAAUAGAAAUAUAGGGUUGCAGUGACACAAGGGUUAUUAAUCCUUGUGUGAAACCGAAAUGUGUAUAGUGAAAAGUGGAGCAGAAAAUAAAGGGGUAAUCAAAAGGGUAGUUGCUAAAUUGUACUUCAUUUGUAUGUAAAAUGGAAUAAUGAGGUGAUGAAACUAGCUAGUUAGCCAGCAACCCAAUAUUAAGCAUGUAUUCUUUGUUUGCAAGUUCAAAGGAAUAAUGCCAA